AUGGCCCGGGCUAUGGUCACACAGUUCGGCAUGUCAGAGGUGGGCUCCCUUGCCAUCGAUGACGGUGGCUUCAUGGGCCCCGAUUACUCCGAGGAGCUGAGUGAGAAGAUCGACACAGCCAUCAAGCAUAUCUCGGAUGACUGCUACCUCAAUGCAUUGAACAUCCUUAUGACGAACCGUGCUUGCCUCGACCGAGUGGCAGACGAGCUGACGGAGACGGAGACCAUGACCGGCGACCGUCUUCGAGAGAUCAUCGCCGAAUACGUAGAGGUCCCCGAGAAGCUGGCGGCCGUGUGA